AUGAAUUAUAUUUUCCAGAAUAUAAGUUCUUUUUCAAGUGAUGAUUUUGACACCAAGACCUGGAUCAAUGAUAUCCUCAAGAAUGUUGAGAAAAAAGAAAGCAAUUACACCAUGUCUUUGGUGAUGAAGCUGCAGCUUUAUGUGCAGCAAGUGAAUAAUGCCCUAGAAGACACUAGCCAGCAAGUUCUUGCUUCCCUACCAAAAAUUCUGAGAGAUUCCAAAAAUCUACAACAAGAAGCUCUGGUACUGAAAGAAAGAAUGUCUAUAGUUCGUGCUGAGAUUGAGAAAAUUGAGCAAGAUACAGGAAAAUCUAUUGAUAUAAUUGCAAAGUUAGAUUCCAUGCAGAACACAUUGAUAGUAGCCAAACAAGGACUUCAUGAAAGUGACAAUUGGACAAUAUUGGUGAAUGAUUUGGAGGAAAUAUUUGAUUCAAAAAAUGUUGAAAGUAUAUCUGAAAAAAUUGUGGGAAUGCAAAAUUCCCUCAAACUUCUCAUCAAUGUUGCUGAUUAUGAAGAUCGAAAAUUACAACUGGAAGGUUUGAAAAAUAGGUUGGAAGCUAUUGCUAGUCCUUCAAUAGUCCAAGUUUUCACAACUCAUAAUACAGAACAGUCUCAAAUGUAUGUGGAUAUAUUCACAUCAAUAGGUCGUCUCCCACAAUUAUUGAAAUAUUACCAGAAAUGUCAGAGAGACAUACUUUUGAAAAAAUGGCGAGAUCAACUAGAAAUAGAGCAAGAUGAAACCACAAUUCAGUGGAUUCAUAACUAUUUCAAUAACUUACUUUCAAAUUGGCACACCCAAUACAGAUGGUUCAAUCAAGUUUUUGUUGAUGAGUCUGCAUCACGAGCAUUGAUGCAAAUAUACACUGAUGUCUUAUUGUCUUUGGACCCCAGUUUAAAUGAUUGCAUUGAUGCUGCUUUGAAACAAGUACCAGAUAAAUUGAGUUUUCUGCAUGAAGUCAAGCAAACUACCACAGAGUUCAGAGAUAGCUUGACUAAUAUUAUUGAUCAAUCAAGUCAAGCAAAACCUGAUCCAGAUGAAACCUUCAAACUACAAAAAUCUAUUUUCCAUCACAUGGUCCCAUACAUUGGCAAAUAUGCGGCCUACGAACAGGCCAAUCUGAUGAAGCAACUCCCCACUCUCAACUGCAUGAAAGAUGAGUUAACAGACACCAUCCAAGCUUUGGGGCUCUGCAUCCCAUCUGUCCUAGAUAUUUCUCGAGAAGCUCUAAAACGCUGCAAAGAAAUAACUGAAAAUUGCGGUUACUGUGGACUACUGGUAGCGUUACGAGCCUUUUUCCAAGGCUUCGCGGAUUUUUACAGAGUCGCACUCAGGCAAAUCGACAGGAACAAGAAAAGCGAGGAAGAUUGGAGCGUUUUCCAGCUGUGUUUGUCGUUGUUACAAAACAGCGGCGAGAUGAUACUGAAAUUACAGCAACUCGAGAAAGAUUUGACUAACCAAGUGUUGGAACUGAACAAAAAAGAAAUCUUGCAGUACAAACAACUGUUACUUAACCCGACGGAUCUGAGGGAAUUCGAUUCUUUGGUUAAAUGUGUCACGGACGGCACUCAGUUGUCGUUGCUAGAUGCUGUUAUGAUGGAAUUCAACAAGCUUUGCUCGGACAUUCACCACACGACGUAUCAGGUAGUUUUUGCACCCAUCGCUACUCAGUUGGGUGUAGUGCAACUGGCAGAGACCUGGAGCCAUUUCGAUGGGUCCAGUAUGCUGAAUACUGACUUGCCCGAUUACAGUUUCAGUCCUCAAGAAUACAUUACACAGAUUGGCCAAUAUUUGUUGAUACUCCCCCAACAUUUAGAGCCGUUUUUGUUCAAAGAAAACCCUUCUCUGACUUGCGCCCUAAGAGCAGUCGACCAAGAAUACAGCAAUGCCUCGGAAGGGGAGGGGGUUAUGGCUCAUAUUUUCCUUACCAUAGUAGCCAGGGGAACGUCUCAAGUUUUUUGUGAGAAGAUCUUGUCAAUUUGUCAACUCAGUCAAUCAGCUAGUCGGCAGUUAGCCCACGAUAUAAGUUACUUGCAGAACAUUUUUGAGGAACUGGGAUUAUCUAUGACUGAAAAUUUGCAGCAACUCUCCACACUACUGAAACUGCCAUCUGACCAAUAUCAAUCACAAAGUGGAGGAUGCUCAGCCCGAUUAGUAGCAGCAGUCCGACAAAUGAGAAAUAUCAAGUCAUCUAAUUGA